AUGUCGUCGGCGGUGACGCACAUCUACCUGCACGUCAUCCAGGACGUCAUUAAAAACGUGCGAUCCGACUUCCAGAGCGACGGCGUCGAUGAGAGCGUCCUCCAAGAGCUGCAGCAGCUAUGGGAGACGAAGGUGAUGCAGUCGGGCGCGGUCAUCCCCGUCGGCGGGUAUGCGCUACCGCCGCCUGCGCCGCCGUCCGCUGAGGCGGAUGCAGCCCCGGGGGAGGCGGAGGAGGGCCCGCUAGGGGGCGCGGAGGGGGAAGCAGCGGCGGAAGAGGGCGUAGAAGAGGAGGAGGGUGGCGAGGGCGCGGGACACGGAGGGGGUUUCGCAGGGCAUGAUCUGAACAUGCCUUAUAACGGGGAUGGCGGGGAGGCGGAGGACGAGCAGGCCCUGUCGCUGGGAGCAUCCCACGCAUCUUACUCUAGCGGCCAUGUCACAUCCAGUCUCGAUGGCCGCCCACUGCCCUUCAUGCCACGGCAGGAGGCGUGGGAGCAGAAGCCAUUCAUGGUCGACAUGAACGCCGUGCCUGAGGAGGACACGUACGCUGAUGCUGCUGCCUCGGACGAGCGCACACUGGGCCUGCUGCCGGCAGAGCUGAAGCGCAAGCGAGCAGAGGAGGGGCAGGGCGGGUACGAGGAGGACGCAGGGAUGGAUGCAGCCGGGGGGGAUACCAGCAGACCUCGCCUCACUCCCGAGUAUGCCUUCCCUCAGGCUGACGGGGCCAGUGACAGCAUGCCACGUGGCACCUCCCAGUGGGCCCACGACAUGCUGAGUCAGCUGGAGCAUCAGCAUGGGGGGGGUGGAGGAGGAAGACGGGGAGAGGAGGGGAGUGGGGAGGGGAGCAGAGCGGAUGGGGGAGUGGAGGGAGGGUCGGGAGAUACAGGCGCAGUGGACGGGCGGGAUGGGUGGGGAAGGCGGGUGCAACACGAGGCUGGGGGAGCGGAAGGGCGGGAAGCACGUGGUAGCAGGGGGGGCGGCAGGAGCGGCAAGGGGGGGAGGCAGUGGGUGGUGGAGAGGCGGUGCAUGCCACAGGUGGAUGGGCAUGGUGACGAGGAGGAUGGCGAUGAUGCCGAUGAGGUGAGUGCCUCUCAUCUCAUUCCCCGCUUCUACCCCUCUCUCGUCCUUGCCCCUCUCUCCCGUUCCUCCUCUUUCCACUUCCAUCCCUGCAAGCAAUGCCUCGAGCUAGCAGGAGAGGAAGAGGAGGAGGAGGAGGGAGGGGCGGCAGGGGAGGCAGCGGAGGAGGAGGAAGAGGAGGAGGACUACAACGACCCGGCUGCCCGCACUGACACUGCCAAGGAGGAGGAAGAGGAGGAGUUGGGUCCAGCGGACGACGACGAGUCGCUGGGGGCGGAGGAUGACGACGAUGAUGACGACGAUGGGCGGGGGGUCAUAGGCGCCGACGAGGAGGGGCAGGACGGCAACAUCGUGCUCGCCACCUAUGAGAAGGUGACUCGCCAGAAGAACCGGUGGAAGUGUCUACUGCGGCACGGAGUCAUGAGCCUAAAUGGCCGUGACAUACUUUUCUUCAAAGCCAAUGGGGAAUUCGAGUUUUAG